CAUGCGCUCCACGUGGGCGCCGGGCGCUGCGAGUGACGUCACUCCGCCGCCUGCCCGAGGCGGGGCCGCUCCGCGCCCCUCACCCUGAAAUGGCGGCGGGCCGGGCUGGUUGCGGGCGUCUGUCUCGGCGGCCCGCGGCAGCCUCUGGUGAUACGCUGGCCCUGCGGGGGUGUGGCGGCGCUGCGGGCCGCUCGGAGGGGGCCUGCGAGGUGGGCUGCCGCGUGGGGGUGGCGGGGGGGCUCGGCCUCACCUGCCGCCCCUCCGCCGGCCCCCGAGCUGCGGCCUUGCCGCCCGGGCUGGCCCGGUGUGCGCUGGCGGUUUUCGCCGGGUGUUUCGCCUGACCCGGCGGCCGUUGAAGGCGUCAGGGCAGUCGUUUCCGUCGGGGUUCAGUGGGAUGAGGUGCUGACGGUGUAAACUGUUUAAUAAAUCUGUGCUCGGUGAUGGUCUGGGGCUCUGCCUGUGCUGAAAUGGAUUGUCCGCCCCUGCAGAGCGCCCAGUGCAGGGUGUGCUGCCGCCCUCUCUGGCGUACUUGUCACGAAUGGUUCAUCCUGGAUCUUUGCUAUGAUGUUUUGUAGCCACGUAUUUUCUGAUGCUCUUAUUCGUGUGUGUUCCUGACAUCCCACUAAACGUGCUUUAGUGUCAUCUACUGUUAACAACCCUUGAUCCUGCACAUAAGGAAUAGAUUAUGUUGUCCCAAUCGAAUCAUGGGUAGAUGAGAAAAUGAGAGCAUUUUGUUUUGCAUCCUCAGCGUUACUAGAUGUGUUUUCCACUUCACAUGCAAACUUGGGCAGUCUUUCUAAACCACAGAUGCAGGUUUAAAAAAAAUCUGAAAUUAUUUAAUUAAGGACAUCUAGUAGGUGGAGAAGGAGGAGGCAGGAGGAAGUGAGCAGAAUCAUUCUGCUGUGGCUCUGUAGGUAGCUUUGAUAGGGAUUUCAGGUUUAGAGACUGUCUUAUACAGGUCAUUUAAAUGGGUUUUUUUGCAUAGGUUGCUUCUGGAAUUGGUAAACCUUAUGUUCCACAAUACAACAGCAUCUGCUUUACAUUCUGUAGCUGGCUAAAGUCAGUAAAUUGGGCUUGGCCCAGUGCAUUAGCAGUGUAAACAGAUGGCUGUGCCAACAGUAUGGGGAAUUGUGCCGGUGAACUUGUCAAGUGUAUCUGAUAAACCUGUUUCCACCGUCCUUUCCUUUGAAGGAAAUGGGAAUAGUUACAGAUGGGAAAGAGUGUGGCCCUAAACCCACCAUAUAAACCUGCUUUUUGCACCUACAAGGUUGUAUUCUAGCUUUCUCUGUUGUUCAGGGAUGUUAUGGGAUUUUUUUUUCAAACUAUGUUAAAUAUUUUGUGUAAGUUCCUCAGGGGUAUGAAUCAAAGGCAAAAGUUCUCAUUGAUAUCCGCCAGAGGAGAACAAGCAGGAGUUUUCGGACAAGCUUUGGGGGUUAUCAUAACACUGAAAAACCUUCACUCCUUUCCACCCCUGCCUGCCCCAGUCCCUCAUGUCUCCUAAUCACUGUAUCCAGGCUACAUGCAUUUGACAGGGAAUUAAAUCCACAGUCUCUGAAUUUAUAAUAGACUUGAGUUUAUUCACAUAAGAAUGGUGGGGAAAAAGUUCAAAAAUCAUGUUGUAGAUAACAGUCAAUUUUAGAGAAUUUAAUUUCCUCUGGGGAGUGAAAUAACUGGUUCUGAAACUUGGUGACUACAGGGAAUUUGUGUAGUAAUCAAGCAGUGAAUGUGUGGCAUGAGCUUCUCCUGUUUUAAGGCGGCAGCUUUACCUUUAUGACCACCCAUGCUUUUGUUGGUGAAUCACAUUUUGAUAUAAUGUAAGAACUGUAUUAAAAGGGUCAGAGAGACAUAUAUCUACAAAAUCCUUGAUAUUGCAGCCUUUUCUACCUGCAUUUCUCUGGAAAUUGUCUGACCAACCCAACCUCAGGUGGUGGAAAACAUAGUGGUGUCUGCUACCUUCUCUUUGUGAGACCUUCUGUCUGGAAAAGUGUGUGGUGCUGUAGCAUCACUCAUCAUACUCCUCUCAGCAAUGACUGCCUUUCAAUGUCAACUGCAGGAAACACAGUAAGGUCCUCUGAUAACCAAUGUCUUGCACUUAAAUCUAGAGAGAAUAACUUGUCAGGAAGUAUGGACAAUAAAGAAAUGCAGCUACUACUGAGCAAGGGAAUCCUUGCAGCUUUUUGCUGUGAUGCAUGGAGGGGUACAAGCUCCUUGUUUGGCUUCUUGAAGAUGAGGACUUUCAGGCAACUCACCAUUUUCCAAGAUGCCCCAGAUAUGCUACAAGUGGACACUCAAGAGCAACAGGAUUUAAACUUUUCUGACACUGGGAACUCAAGGAGAUUUUUAAAGAUGACUUUGGGGAGAGACAUUUCCAGGCUCGAGCUAGAUAUGGUUGAGAGGUCAUCAAAAUGGGAAGGAAAGGAGGACCAGAAGAAAAUGGUGAAACCAAUCACCAGGGUGGAGGAAGCCAAGGAGAACAUGACUGUGAAACCAGUUCCUGGACUGGAGGGAAUUAAGAAUGCAACAGUGAAAACGGCCCCUAAAGUGCAGGGAAACCAGGAGAAAACAACAGUGAGACCAGCCCCAGGGGUGCAAGAAGCCAAGGAAAAGACAACAGUGAAACCACGUCCCAUGGUGGAGGGAGCGAAGGAGAAGGCAACAGUGAAACCAUCCUCUGGGGUGAAGGGAGCUCAUGAAAAGAACGCAUCAAAAGACGAAAUAAAGCCAGAAGAGCCUCCUGCAUCAGUGAAAAUUUUAAGACCUGUUCUUCCGGCUGCAGCAGUGACAAAAAAGAAGAAACUGAGGGCUGCUGACUUCAAGUCUGAGCCACAGUGGGAUUUCGAGGACAGGUACCUGCUGGACAAUUCAUCUCCACCAUCGAUCUGCUCUGAAUCAGUAAAGGCCAAAGCUGCCAAGUCUGACUGGCUGCGAGAUCUUUUCCUGCCCAACAUUGUGCUCUUCACAGACAAGAGAUACUUCAGUGACAGUGAAUGGGACCGCCUGGAGCAUUUUGCACCUCCCUAUGGCUUUAUGGAGCUGAAUUAUUCAUUGGUGGAGGAAGUCAUGUCCCUGCUGCCCCCGAAUCCCCACCAGCAGCUGCUCCUGGCCAACAGCAACACCAGCAUGCCAACAUGCAUCAGCUGUGCUGUCGUGGGAAAUGGAGGAAUACUGAAUAACUCUGGGAUGGGCCAGGAGAUUGACUCCCAUGACUACAUCUUCCGGGUGAGCGGGGCUGUAAUCAAAGGUUACGAAAAAGAUGUGGGAACAAAAACCUCCUUUUAUGGAUUCACAGCCUACUCCCUGGUGUCCUCUCUUGAGAUCUUGGGACACAGAGGGUUCAGCAACAUCCCACAGGGAAAACAUGUCAGAUACAUUCACUUCCUGGAGGGAGCUAGAGACUAUGAGUGGCUGAAGGCUCUUCUGCUGAACAAGAACAUCAGGAAAGGAUUCUUGAGCCACUAUGGGCAGAGGCCCCGGGAGAGAUUCAGUGAAGAUUUCACGAUGGACAGAUACCUGGUGGUUCACCCUGAUUUCCUCAGAUACAUGAAAAACAGGUUUUUAAAAUCUAAAAGUCUAGAAAAGCCCUACUGGCGGCUGUACAGACCCACAACAGGGGCCUUCCUGCUGCUGACUGCCCUCCAUCUCUGUGACCGGGUGAGUGCCUAUGGCUACAUCACGGAGGGUCACGAGAAGUACUCAGAUCACUACUAUGACAAGAACUGGAAACGUCUGAUUUUCUACACUAACCAUGACUUCGGCCUGGAGAAGCAGGUGUGGAAAAGGCUUCAUGACGAGAAUAUAAUGAAGCUUUACCAGAGAUCCUGAGAUCCAGAGACUGUGUGGCAGGGGUCAUUGCCUGGGAAAUCUCAACAAGACCUCCCUGGGAACAGAAGAGGACCACCAAAGCCAAGGUUAACUCUGGACUUCCAGGCACGUUUCAUUCUCACAAAGAUAUUUCCCUUCUUCAGCACCUUUAUUUUCUUACAAUGUUUUUACAAAUGUGCAAAUGCUGCAGAGCAGAGGAACAGCAAGAAAAUGCAGCACACCAAAAAAAAUUUUCCAUCUGGUUAUGCUGCAAGACUGUUGCUGACGGUUGUAGGCACUGGUAUUGGGAGAGAAGAAUCCAGGAUGGAUCUGGGUAACAUAUGGUCCAGUGUCCUGCAUCUUCAUGCAGAUUUUCUCUCUCUGCAAGGACAUGCUUUUCAGGCUGGGGCUACUUCGGAUGGAUCCUCUCCGUUAGUGGUGCCCAUUUUGGAGUUGGGUCUAUUGUCUAAGCAAGCUUUCUCAGCAGGCACUGGAUGGAGGUGGACACACAGAUCUUGUCUCAGUUUGACUUAAUUCCUGGAGGUGCUGCUCUUCCUCUGCUCCCUGCAGAUAAAGAGGAUGGACGGGACACUUCCAGGUGGCUAAUCUGAGAGAGAAUGAGUCUCAUUUCUGCUUCCCAGUGUGGCCUCGUCAUGACACCUCCAAAGGAGCACCACAAUCAGCUCAAGAGCAGGUAAAUGCUCUCUGUGGCGCAGCAGGCAUGCCAGACUUGGUACCUCUUGCUCUGGGGCUCCCCUGACGGCAGGAGAUGUGGAUUUUGUGUCACAGUUCUGGUGUGCCAGGUCCUUGCUUAGCUGGGCUUUGCCAUGCUUGGCUCCUAGCUGUGCCAGAAACACCGUGUUUUCCCUCUUGCCUGGGGAGGUCGGAGCUCUCCAAGUGCAGGGCUGGAUGCUUGUCGUCCUUGCUGCUGGCUGGAGUGCCUGACCCCAUUGCACUGAGAGGAACUCAGUUGCAGCCAGCAUGCCUGCAGCUUAUUUGCCUUCUGAAAGGGGGUUUGCAAGCAAAAUAAAUGGGCAUACUUUGGCCAAGCUGAUCUUUCA